AAUAAGAAGACUAUAACAAUUUAAACACUUGUUACGAAGAGACAGACUUGAAGAUUAUACUUAGAAAAAAAAUUAUCGCGUCUAUAUUAUUUACAUUUAUAUUAGUGGCAAAGUAUAUCGAUUAUAAUAACAUUUUAACUUUUCCAUAAAUUUUUGCUAAUCAGUUUAACAAUUUCACUACAAGCUAGAGAUAAAAUGCGGAAAAAAUGGUGGCUGUUCCAUGCCACGGACUUCGAAUCCUUAAUGUAUCCCUGCUUCAUCAUUUGCCGUAUGCUUGGAAUAUUUCCAUACAAAAUGAAAGCUUCAACCUUCGUGGCUUCAAAAUUGCACUACAUCCUAUCAACUGUGAUUAUCUGCGUUUGCUGUGUUAUAAAUCUGAUGUUCACUUACAAUAUUAUUAUGUUCACAUUCAGCUUUGGAGACAUAACUCAUAAUUUUGAAGCAGUCAGUUACUUAAUGUUCAGCACCUUCAUAAUGAUCAUCACGCACGUCUCGAGUGGUCCGCGAAUGCGAUUGCUACAGACGAUUUUGAAGGUAUCUUCAAAAUUACCUUCGGAAUCAUACCAAGAGAUGUCUAAAUUCAUUCAUGUCAAGGAUAUAUUGGGCAUUACCUUGCGAGUCGUGCAAAUAUGUACAAAUUAUUCUAAAGUACACGACUUUGAAAUUAAUUUGUGGAAUAUAUUGACUGUGAUAUCAACAACAUACGUCGGUUUACUGGUAUUUCAGAUAAAUAUGCUGUUUAUAAAUUGUGUUUGUGUAUUAAAGGCUUGUUUUAAGAGAAUCAAUGAGAAUCUGGCACAUGUACAAAGACUGAUGGUAAACGAUAUAAAGUUAUAUAAACCCAGAUUUAUUUGCAACGAACAGAGAAAUAAAUGUUUGCUGAUAAAACUCAAGAUGUUGGAGAAGCAACAUUUGAUUGUUAGCAACACAGUGCAAAUGCUGAACUUAAUCUUCAGUCUGCAAGUCACUGCUACUAUAGUCAUGACCUACGCUAGCAUUACCUUUGAAUUGUAUUUCUAUAUAGUGCGCUGGCAAGAUGGAGUGUUUUUUGAUUUGGAUAAACAGUAUCUUGAUGUACUUAUAACGUCCACGGGAUUUAACAUUUUAAAAAUAGUAUUACAUGUAUGGGCUUGCGAGACCGGUAAGAAUCAAGCUCAAGAAAUUGGUACUACUAUUCACGAUCUACUUAACAGCACCAAUGAUGAACAAAUAAAAAAAGAGUUGGUGCUGUUUUCUUUACAAAUAUUACAUCGCGAAAAUACAUUUUCGGUGAAAGCUUUCACUGUGGAUGCAAAACUUUUUACAGCAAUAGUGGGUAACAUUACCAUGUAUCUAUUAAUCCUGAUACAAUUUUUAAACAUGUCGCACUCAUGCGAUAGAAGAACAGCUAUCAGUGUUACACAAUUCAAUUAAAAAAAUAGUUAAUCAGAUAACAAAUUUAUUUAUUGGAAGAUAUGAUAGUAACAAUUCUUGUUACUCUUAAUAAAUUACUAUCGCAGAAAUAUUUUGUAACAAAGAUAUACUUUUAUU